GUGCUUUUGGAUGACUUGCUAGUAGCUGAGGACCUGGCAGCAGCUGAGACAACUAGUGCAGCUUCUCAUGCAGCGGCAGCAGCCGCUGCUUCCAGUGUGCAGCAAGGAAGGUUACAAGGUAGAUACGGCUUCACAGAUGAAAGAAAUGUAACAAAUGUUCCCGAAACUGGUGCUGAUGGUGCUGUUGUGGUAGGAAACCCCGUGGCUCCCCCUAUAAAUGGUGAUAUUAAUACAGAUAUAAGUACGGAAAACGCAGCUCUUCAAGAUCGGCAGAUGUCUAUCAACAGUGUACCAAAGAAGGUGAUUGCUCAUCUUUUGAAACCUCGUGGUUGGAAGCCUCCAGUUCGAAGACAAUUUUUCUUGGACUGCAAUGAGAUUGCAGAUCUUUGUGAUAGUGCUGAGAGGAUUGCAAGUGAACCUAGUGUACUACAGCUGAAGGCUCCUAUUAAGAUAUUUGGUGACUUACAUGGGCAAUUUGGGGAUCUUAUGUGGCUUUUUGAUGAGUGUGGAUCACCUUCUACAUCUGGGGACACAUCGUAUAUUGAUUAUCUUUUCUUGGGAGAUUAUGUUGACCGUGGACAACACAGCUUGGAAACCAUAACUCUUCUCCUUGCUUUAAAGGUUGAGCAUCCUCAUCAAAUACAUUUAAUACGUGGUAAUCAUGAAGCCGCAGAUAUCAAUGCUCUUUUUGGCUUCAGAAUUGAGUGCAUUGAGCGCAUGGGUGAGAGAUGGAAUAUGGGCAUGGCACCGGAUCAACAGAUUGUUCAACUGGCUUCCUCUGGCUGCAUUAAUCGAGAAAAAAAUUAUUUGUAUGCACGUGUGUCCAAUAGUUUAACUGCUCUCCUUCUGUUUUGUUGCACCAGAUAUUUAUAUAGAGAAUUUUCAGCUGCCCUUUAUGGGAUCUAUCCUGAUCGUGUAAUGGAAUUUUGUAAUAACAACGAUCUUCAGUUGAUUUGUGUAAUGGAUGGAUUUGAACGAUUUGCGCAGGGGCAUCUGAUUACUCUAUUUUCAGCCACAAACUACUGUGGUACUGCAAAUAAUGCUGGUGCUAUCUUGGUUCUGGGUAGAGAUUUAGUGGUUGUACCAAAGCUAACUCAUCCUUUACCUCCUGCACUUUCUUCUCCAGAAACCUCUCCCAAACGUCAUAUAGAAGACACAUGGAUGCAGGUGCUGCUGUUAUUGCCAAAAAAAAGUCUCUUUCAACUUAACAAUUACCCACUGACAUGUUUCUAUAUUUGCAAAUUUCACCCAGAUGAUCAUUACGUUUUCUUUAAGGGGUAUCAUUCAUAGUUAAGCAACAUGUUUGUAUACAAAAAUUUUCACUCAAAAUUUCAUACAACUCAAAAUCUAACUCAACCUUAACUCAAAUUCAAU